AUGGUCAUUCCUUUAGAUGAGAACAAGUCUUAUCUCGACGUGCUCCAUGACACAGGUCUUGAAAUCGAUGAGAUUCCUGCGUUCAUGACUCCUUACCCAAGCUCGCCUCGAUGGGAACGCAGGGUCUUAUUCGUUGAAGGAUUCUGCGAGGGAGCAGAUUUCACUCUCCGAAACUUUGUGCCGGAUGAUGCUGGCAGUUCCCGAUUGCAAGAUACGCAAGAACCGAAAGCCUGGGUCUCCGAUCGCAAUUUGAUCCAUCCACGAAAUGGGCAGUCUCGCCGAGCUUAUGGCCGCAUUGUGAACAAUAUUGAGCUAUAUGAGAUCGUACAGCAGAAGGUACGAAUGCUCUCUUCUGUUGCUUCUUCCUUUCCAGAAUCACAUAACACUUUGCUCACCCUUACUGCGCCUAGAUAUAUCAGUAACCCCAACGGUGUCAGUAUACUGGCACUUUUGAGAACAGCACCUGCAUCACAUGUGUUCGGGUUUCGCAAGCUCUUCGCAGGCUAUCUCAAUCCAAACCCAAUUGCCGAUUUAUCGUUGAGUGACGCUAACUGGUGGGGUGCCGCAAACUUUGUCAUCUCAUUCAACCUCCCUUUCUUUGCCAUUGGUACACAAGAUAACCAAGACAGUCGUACAUUGUCUGGGAAUCAGUAUCUUAGGGCCCGGUACGAUCUGGAUUUUCUGUAUCUCAGAGACGAGUCAAUCACUGCAGAUCAGCAAGACAACACCUCCUUCCACGAGAGGGCUGUUCUACAUGAAGCUGUCUAUUCACUAGUGAUUACGGGCCGGAGCGAGCGCUAUUGGACAGCGGUUUGCCUGGACGACGAUUUUUUCGAGGAAGAACCGAGGCUCGCAGAAGAGGAGGUAGUCGAGGCCUCUGAAGAUCCUAUCAUCAUUCAAGCGGAGCUCAAGGCCACAGGGACAACUCGGUCACCUCGAGCGUACGCACUUGCAUCCCUUGAAAAGGAACUUGAGAAGAUCGUCGAGUACCACGGAAACGUCCAAGACUGGUUCAGCAAGAGUCUUGAUCGCUACACCAACAUUGCUCGAGGAGAUGACUCUCAAGGAGUCGAGACUCAACAAAUUCCGCACUGGGAAAAGCGAUUCCCAGAUAUGCUGGACAGGGUCAUUUACUUCAACUCUAAUAUCGUGUGCAAGGUGAAUGACUUCCUUGCGGGACAUGUCAUGCUUGGCCAAAAGGAACUGCUUCAGGGACCAUUAUGGCAAGGCCUACAGGGCGAUUAUGGUGCUUUGGGGUCUUUGCGAGGCAUCAAAAGCUCUUUCAGCCAGCUUAGCGACAUUGCUGGCCAUCUGAAGAUACUGAAAGAGAAAGAGAAAGUCUUUAGGCGUGAGCCAGAAACUCGACCUCUGAUUCAUCUCUUCUGCAAAACCCAUCACUAUUGCCGUAUUAUCGUGGCUAUGGCAGCAACAACUUGUUCCGUCAGCGGCAUCGAGAACCUUCUUGGGAGGGUAGGGCUGGAUACGCCAAUCCCGGAGUUCCCUGGCGCAGACAUUGUGCACAAUCCACAAGACAUCUUUCGAGUCUAUCUUGCCGAUACGCUGGAAAAGCUCCUUCACUGUGAUCGGAUGGUUGCCUAUGAUGCCAUACAAACGUCCAACGUUACGGGAAUGGGCGACCUCGUAAUUGUUGCUCCAAGGCUUAGACUCAAGAAUGUCAAGCCUGAAGAUUUGGUGAAAGAUCUUCUUCAGAAAUUACCAAGAACACCACCCUUUGGAUGUCCUCUGCGUGACGGCAUUCGCUUGCAAGUGUUUUUCUCACCCAAUACGCUCCCUCGCCUCUUACUGUCAUACAUUAGUGACAGGAGUGCCUCGUAUGGAUAUGACACAUCAAUCGGUCUGGCCGAUACUGCUGCGCCUGAUGGAUCGAAGAAGAAAGUCAUCGUGGAAUACUCGUCCCCGAAUAUGGCGAGCGAGUUUCAGGUGUCGCAUUUGCGUAGCACCCUGGUUGGCACAUAUAUCGCAAACAUUCAUGCUAGCAUGGGAUGGGACGUUGUGAAGAUGAACUACCUGGGGGAUUGGGGAAAGCAGAUUGGCCUUCUUGCAGCUGGUUGGGAGCGGUUUGGUUCAGAAGAUGAGUUUGCUAAGCAGCCACUUCGCCAUCUCCUUGAAGUGAACCACAAGAUCCAGGAUCUCUUCAAACCAGAGAUGGAUGAAUGCAAGAUUGCAAAGGCUAAAGGACAAGAUGUCACCGAGAUCGAGUCACGGGGCUUGUAUGCUGAGCGAGACAUCUUUUUCAAGAAAAUGGAGGACAAAGAGCCAGGCGCGAUCGCAGUAUGGCAACGGUUUCGCGAUGCUACCGUCAAGGACUACACCGAUUCAUAUGCGCAACUCGGGGUAACGUUUGAUGAGUACUCUGGGGAGUCGCAGGUGACUGCCGAGUCUAUCGCCGAAGUGGAACAGAUCUUGAAGGAGAAGGGUAUCUACGAAGAGCACGAUGAUUCUUGGAAGAUCGACUUUUCGAAACACGACGCAAAAGGACUCUCACUCGCAGUUGUGCGCUACCGAAAUGGAACAACUUCAUACCUGCUGCGUGAUCUUGCUGCAGUGUUUGACCGAUACAAGAAACACAAGUUCGACAAGAUGAUAUAUGUUGUUGCGAUGGAGCAAGAGAUGCACUUUCACCGAGUGACGAAGACUCUCGAGCUUAUGGGGAGACAGGAUCUUGCCGAACGCAUUCAACACGUACCAUUUGCCAAAAUCAAUGGUCUCCCAGAGGAACUCAAGGAAGCUGCACUGCUGAGUGACUACCUGGACGGCUGCCGAUCGAUGUCAGAUGUUGGUCUUGACGGGGAAGAGGAAGAGGCGUCCUAUGUGGACAAAUCUGAGAAUUCAGUGAAACAACUGAGUCUUGCUGGUCUUUUCAUCCAGGAUCAGUAUCACAAGCGAGCUACCUCAUAUGCGAUCGAUCCCAAGAAGAUGAUAUCUCUUGAAGGAGAGACAGGCGCGGCCAUUCAGAACUGCUACGCCCGAUUACUAGCACAGGUGGGAUCCGAACCCGUGAAGUUCGAUUAUACCACACUGGACCAUAAUUCACUGGAAACAGCAGACUAUUCUGAGCUUUUACGCAUACUCCUGCAAUACCCAGAUGCUGCCCAUGGCUCCUUUAAAACACUGGAGCCAUCGUUUAUUGUCGGAUACUUGUUACGACUUGUCGAUCAACUGAUGCAAACUCUUGACGACGACGAUGAAAAGGAUUGGACCGGCCUCGAAACUGCCAAUGAAGCGAGACUCGCACUCUACGGGAAUACAAGACAGGUUUUCGAGAAUGCGCUUAGGCUUCUUGGAGUGGCGCCCUGGAGCCCAUGA